CCGGCUAGAUGUUGUUAUCGGUUAUCGGUCAGCACUGUUACGGACUCCAGAGCUUAGCUUCAUUUUCGUCGUCAGAGAGUUGAAAGGAAUCAGAAAGUGGCGAGAAAAAUCAUUAACCGGAUCGAGUAGCAGAAAAAUGAGAGCUUGCGACAACGGCGCGGAUUAAUUGAUAGAUUAGUUUGUUUGUUUUAUGUCCCGUCGAUUGCCGCACGUGCCACAGUUGACCGUUUAUUUUGAAGAGAGCGAGAAAAGUUCUUUAGAAAAGGGGAGUCCGCGGUGUGAGCUGUGGAUUGGUGAGCGGGGGAGCGGGGUGCUGGACGCGCAGACAGCGCGGAAUCAAUAUCGAUGGUACGCACCAAAAACCAGUCGUCCUCCUCCAGCGCCAGCAGCAGCACAAAGUCACCCAUCAAGUCUGGUUCCGCAGGAUCGGGAUCAGCUGCUGGCGGGAAUUCUGCCAGUGGUAGUCGCCAGUCCACGCAUCGUUCGUCGAGCGCCUCGAACGUUGCCUCCGCCGCCGCCGCCGCUGUCGCGUCCUCGAACCGUACCCGCACCAGUCCGGGUAGCUCGCCGGACGGCGACGACGACACCACAACCACCGAUGACCUGACCCCCACCUCGUGCUCGCCACGCAGUGGCCACCACCACCACGGCCAUCCGUAUGGGGGCUCGUCCGUGCACAAGCAGAAUCUCUAUGUCGUAUCGUUUCCCAUCAUAUUUCUCUUCAACGUUCUGCGCUCGCUGAUUUAUCAGCUGUUUUGUAUUUUUCGCUACUUGUACGGGGCGAGCACAAAGGUGAUUUACCGUCCACACCGCCGCGACUGCAACAUUGAGAUAGUCGUCCAGAACUCCAAGGACCAGCAGCAGCAGCAGCACCAAUCCCAGCCACUCAGUUAUCCGCUCGAGCUCAGUGAGGGUGGCAAUCCGGAGCAGCAGCUGCCCAGCCAGACGCAGCGCUAUCGGGCCAUACAGCCACUGGAAAUGGCCUCAAAUCGACCGGGAGGCGGCUACUCGCCAGGUCCGGGCGAUCCCCUUCUGGCCAAACAGAAGCAUCACCAUCGUCGCGCCUUCGAGUACAUCUCGAAGGCUUUGAAAAUCGACGAGGAGAACGAAGGUCACAAGGAGCUGGCCAUCGAGCUGUACCGAAAGGGCAUUAAGGAACUGGAGGAUGGCAUCGCUGUUGACUGCUGGAGUGGCCGCGGGGAUGUGUGGGACCGAGCCCAGCGGCUGCAUGACAAAAUGCAGACAAACCUCUCGAUGGCUCGAGACCGUCUCCAUUUCCUUGCGCUGCGUGAGGAGGAUUUACGAAUGCAGCGGCUCUCCUUAAAGGAGAAGCAACAAAAGACACUCCCACAGUCGGAUUACAAAGCGCUAAAGUCGAGGGAGCCCAUGCUGGCGGGCAUGACCAAUGAUCCUCUGAAGCCGCGGGUGCGCAGCAGUGGCUACGGACCGAAAGCCUCGACCAGUGCCCAGGCGGCGGCGGCGACCGCGGCUUCGGGGCGGAAGCUGACCAUUGGAACCAAGCGACCCGGAAACCUAGCGGUGGCCAACAAGUCCCAGACUCUGCCGCGCAAUCUCGGCUCGAAAACAUCAGUAGGCGCUGUCCAGCGCCAGCCAGCCAAGACUGCUGCCACGCCUCCUGCCGUAAGGCGCCAAUUUUCCUCGGGUCGUAAUACGCCUCCGCUGCGCUCCCGCACUCCCAUCAACAACAAUGGGCCCAGUACCAGUGGCAGUGGCGCCAGUACUCCAGUGGUAAGCGUCAAAGGUGUGGAGCCGAAGCUGGUGCAGCUUAUCCUAGAUGAGAUCGUAGAGGGCGGUGCCAAGGUGGAGUGGUCGGACAUUGCCGGGCAAGAAGUGGCCAAGCAGGCCCUGCAAGAGAUGGUUAUACUGCCCUCCGUGCGUCCAGAACUCUUUACGGGAUUACGUGCCCCGGCAAAGGGUUUGUUAUUGUUCGGACCACCCGGAAACGGAAAGACCUUGUUGGCUCGAGCCGUGGCCACCGAAUGCAGCGCCACGUUCCUGAAUAUCUCGGCCGCUUCUCUGACCAGCAAGUAUGUGGGCGAUGGCGAAAAGCUGGUGCGGGCCCUCUUUGCGGUGGCGCGUCACAUGCAGCCCUCGAUCAUUUUCAUCGACGAGGUGGACUCGCUGCUUUCGGAACGAAGCAGCAAUGAGCACGAGGCAUCGCGCCGCCUGAAGACCGAGUUCUUGGUGGAGUUUGACGGUCUGCCGGGGAACCCGGACGGCGAUCGUAUUGUGGUGCUGGCUGCCACCAAUCGGCCGCAGGAGUUGGACGAGGCGGCCCUGAGACGCUUUACCAAGCGCGUCUAUGUGUCACUGCCCGACGAGCAGACCCGUGAACUGCUCCUCAGCCGUUUGCUGCAAAAGCAAGGUAGUCCCCUCGACACGGAAGCUCUGCGCCGACUUGCCAAGACCACUGACGGCUAUUCCGGCUCCGAUCUGACGGCUCUGGCCAAAGACGCUGCCCUCGAGCCGAUCCGCGAAUUGAAUGUGGAGCAGGUCAAGUGCCUCGACAUAAGUGCGAUGCGGGCAAUCACGGAGAGCGAUUUCCACAGCUCGUUGAAGCGCAUCCGUCGCUCGGUGGCGCCACAGAGCCUCAAUUCGUACGAGAAGUGGUCGCAGGACUAUGGUGACAUCACAAUCUAGUCUGUUUUCCUCUGCUAGAGUGGACAUCCUGCUCUGCUCCAUCUCUCCACGCAGUGAUGUGAGUGACAGAAAAUUUCCCAAACAUAUUUUGAUUAUGUGACCGGUGGUUCUCCUCUCCUAUUUAUCAUUUAAUUCGUAGACUUAACGUUCCACAAUCAUUGUUAGAUUCGUAAUUGCAAAUUAUGUAAUAUUAUUUUUUGUUCCCCUGCUAUUUCUGUGUGUUAGUCUACUAAUUUCUGUGUUGGUUUAAGUUUUAACGCCAUAUUCGAGUGGUGCUGUUAUACUCAUUUACCUUAGUGUAUUUCUAAGAAUUUCAAUACCUUUACUAUCACAGGAGUUGGCUAGGAUAGAUUCUCUAUCUCCGUUUUAGUUUCUAGGACAUUAUUUGGAUCAUUCCAUAUAUUUAUGAUUUAGUCGGCAGGCUGUCCCCAAACUGUUCACAACUACUUCCAUAGUAUCCUUGAAACAAUAGAUCGUAUUUUUGUUGUACAUUGAGUGCCCAUCCAAGAGCUACAUGUAAACUAGCAUAAGAAUAGUCCUAAGAAUGAAUCUAUACCUACACGAACACAGAAACAACUACAAAAGAAAGAUAUGUUUACCAGCGCAGAAUCAGAAUUAAGUUUUAUUAGAGGCGUAGAUCUCUCUAACGAUAGUCUAAAUAGUUAUUAGUUCCUUUGUUUCAAUGUAUGUACCUACGCCACAAAUACAAUCGUCUCCGAAUUAUCCGUA